UUGUUGACCCAGCUGUGGGAGGACACAGAGGUGCUGCUGAUGAUCGUGUACAUAGAUCCCUCAAGUGAUCUCGUCUCCCCCACAUCACCAAAGGCUCCUAGGCGUUUGUGCGUUAAAUUUGACCCUUGGAUUGAGUCAACGCUUCGACCAUCACGCCAAAGCUGAAGAAGCGUGAACAACACACCUGGGCUCACGGGAGAAGUUCUGGCCGGGGAUGAGUGACUGAAACUUACAGAGAGACCAAAACCUCUUGAGGGAGAUUGUGGCUGUAGGAGUGGGUGUUGGGGGAGAUCGUCUCCAGCACCAUCAUGGUAGUCCUCAGACGAGUGUUGGUGACUCUCCUGUUGCACCACUUAGUAGCAGGCACAGAAACAGAAGUAACUCACCUGGUAGUACCUAGGUUCGCUACAGCUGGUGAGGAGGUGGUGUUAGAGUGUUACCAUAAUGUACCUGAGGACCGCCUGUAUCAGAUUAACUGGUACCAGAACGCCAGAAAAAUCUUGAGGUUUUUACCCCAUACAAGACUUAAACUCAAGGUUCCAGAUCCUAACAUCAGUGUCAAUCUGGAACAGUCGACGGGCCAGCGGCUGGUACUCAAACACGUCCAACUGAGCUCCACCGGUUUGUACAAGUGUACGGUGGUGACACAAGGUCCAGAUUAUGUGAUCUACACCAAAGCUCUUCCCAUGACUGUUUUACAGGACACACCUCGUAUCUACGGGAGGCAGGACGAGUACCACAUAGGAGACACCGCCCAACUCAGCUGUGUCUCGGCCAUGUCCACACCACCUGCCGAACUUACCUGGUACAUCAACGAUAACCGGUGGCAGGCUCCCCAGAAGUACAUCACUGAAUCUGAGUCCAAGUUGGCUAUCACACGUAAAGGACUGAGCUUCAAUGUCUCAUGUAAACACUUCCUCGAUGGUGAGAUGAACCUGCGAUGCUCCGUCAAAAUCUUCAGUAUAGACUCCAAGCCCGUGCAACAGACCAUCGACACGCAGAUCACUUACACUAUCCCUACUACUGAAUGUGUAGACGGUGGGUCAGACAGCGGCAGCAACACCCACAGUGAAGAACCGCAUUACCUGGUGGUGGUGUUGGUGGUGACAGUGAUGAUGUUGGCGUGCAUGUUGGAGAUGUUGAUGGCGGCUACACCCUGAGUCUCCAACACCUCCCCACCAUUCUUCACCCCUCCCCCCCAACACACACAAACACACACACGUACAGAAAUAAACGUAAUAAAUCCCCCUCCAAAAUGAACAGAAUGAUAAAAUAUUAAUAUAGUUACCACGGUGUAAAAAUCACUUCAGAUGGAACAUGCAGCAAUAUGUCGAGGAGUUAAUAUUAUGGUCCUGUAGUUUUGUUUUUCGUGUCUGAACUUGAAUUUUUUUUUUUUUAUUAAUUUUAUUAUUGUUGGUAAUGUAAAUGUCUUGAUAAUCUUUAUUGUGUAGUUGUCCCUUUUUAAAUACUUACCUACUGCCUGAAAUACUACAAUAAAUAACAAGAGAUUAUUAUUUAUAUGUUUUCCUUACGUACUGUAUCCCAUUUUAUGUUAUGUCAGUACACUUAAGAC